AUGGCACUUGGCCAAGGACCAAGAAAGCGUCACGCUCAUUCCAACUUGCCCAGUGUUACACUUCAACCUCUGAAUUUGGAACUUACCAUCACUCCGGAGCCCACUACGGAAGCUGAAUUUCCUACAGCUCAGCAGGAGGCCCUGACUCCACCUCUUGAGCAUCCUGAGGGGACAGAAUCUUCUCCAAACCAACAAGAGACCUCAGCUAAGCCUCCAGAGCCUCCUGGAGAGGUUGAGCCUUCAAGGGAGCAGGAGCAACCAGCUCAGCCUUCUGAGCCUCCUGGAGAAGUGGAACCUUCUCCGACUCAACAGGAACAGCCAGCUCAACCUCCAGAGCAUCAUGAAAUGACAGGUUCACCUCCAAGUCACCCUCAUGCUCAACAUUCAGACUUAUCCAGUGUCAUUGUCAAACAUGCAGAUGUGGAGCUUACCAUAACAAAAGAACCCACUCCAGAGGUGGACCUUCUCCAAAUCAGCGCAAGCCUUCAGCUCAGCCCUCAGUGCCCCUUACUAAUGCAGAAUUUUCUACAAUGCAACAUGAGGCCCCCACACUGCCUUCACAGCCACCUGAGGAGGUUGAACUUUUGCCAGUUCAACAAGAGGCUCCAGCCGAACUCUAGAAGACAAACCUAUUACGGAGGUGAACAUUCCACACCCCUGUACGAGACUAUAGUUCCUCCACCAUACCACGAGGUGACACUUCCAAAUCCAGAGCAAGUUCAGGCUCAGCAUCCAACCUUGACUAAGGUCACAGUUCAACCUUUGGACCUGGAACUUACGUUAAUUCUGGAAUCCAGUUUGGAGGUUGAACCUUCUCCAACCAUGCAGCAGACCCAAGCUCAGCCUCCAGAAAUCAUUAAGAAAGUUGUAGCUCAGUCUCCAUUGUACUCCGAAGUGACAGUUCCAGCACCAGAUCAGGAUCAUGCUGAGCAUCCAAUAUCACCCAGUAUCACAGUUAAACCUUUGGAUCUGGAGCUUAGCACAACUCCACAACCUACUACAGAGUCUACAGAACAUUCUACAGCCUGGCAGCAGACUACAGCUCCCCCUCCAAAACACCCUGACAUGACACUUGCAGCCAAACCACACUCAACUCACAAGUCAACCUAUGGAUGGGGAAAUUACCAUUACUGCAAGAUCCAAUAUGGAGACUGUACCUUCUCCAAUCAUGCAGGACACCCCAACACAGCCUCCAGAGGCACCUCAGGACGUUGUAGUUCAAUCUCCAUUCCAGCAGGAGGUCUUCCUGGUGUAAAAUAUACCCCAGAAAAGAAGCAGCCGGAACAGAAUGCCACCACAAACUUCAGCAUAUGUGAGCUCUGUACCUGCACAAAUGAGACGCUGUCAUGUAAUGGUCUCAGCCCAAAGCAGAAGCUCCACAGAGUGCCUGAGCCAGAGCCUAACGCCUACAACGGCACCUUCACCAUCAUAGAUUUUUCCUUCAAUAAAAUACUGUCUAUCGAAAGCAUUACAUUUGAAACACUACCUUUUUUGCAGUUUAUAAAUCUUGCUUGCAAUUUACUCACAGAACUGAACGUUGGAACAUUUCAGACCUGACAUGGAAUGCAGUUUUUACACAAAUAAAUUCUCAAUCGUAAUCCUUUGACAACAGUUGAAGAUUAAUUUCCAGCAUUAAAAUAUUUAGACAGGGGAACAGCACAAUUGUCACUUACAAUUGAAGGCAUCCUCAUGAUGACCCUUGAAUUGGAAAAACUGAUCUUACCUAGCCUUAUGGCCUGCUGCCUCUGCCAGUUUAAAAAUAUUAUUGAGGUUGUCUGUAAGACAGUCAAGCUGCGUUGUGACAGUGAAUGCCUGACAGACCGCGGGCACGCGUUCUCUGGUGCACUCCGCUUGCGCCCUGAGCCGCGCAAGCGCUGUGACGAUAGGAUGGUGCAGUUGGUACCUUUUGCGGUCCCCAUUGGGGGUGAAAAAACCUUGCUGCUGUGGGAGCUGAGCUCUCGACCCACGGCCGAGGCCUUGCAAGUGAGACGAGCCGGAGCGGAGGGAGGGCUGGAGGAAGCUGCCCCGCGCCCCAGGUUCCAGGAAAAAGGCCUGGGCCGCGGUCACAGUUGGGGGGGGGGGCGGCCAGGCCGGGCCGCCCCUCCAGGACCCCCGACGGGGCCCUGCGCUCCUGGCAGCUCCCUGCACCGGCGCCCCCCUCCUACCGGAAGACCUCGGGGGAGAGCGGUCCCACCCCCUGUGCCCAAAACGGAGCCCGCGUUUCCACAGAGCUGGAACUCCCGCAGCUCGGGGUCUCUUCCCUCCACCGUCACGGAACUGCCCCGAAGGCCGAGGGGAGGGCGGCCUCACUGA